GUCCUCAACUCUCUGGAUGAGCCUAUCGCUAUCUUCACGAAUUUCCUUGACCCCUACAACAUCACCCAUAACGGUAAGCAGAUUGCCCUUCCGCCACAAUUUGAAUGUGCCAACUGCGCUAUCAGAAUUACUCAUCAAGCCACAGAAUAUGGUGAUGACUACUUCUUCUACAGCUGUGCGGAUGUGAACAUUCUCAAAGGUUUGGCUUUCGAUAAAUUAUCAUGA